AUGAAAAAAAGUAAUGAGAUAUAUAAAGAAAAGGAUAUGGAUGGGAAGAUUUUAGUUCCAUUGUCAUUCCACAAUUCAAAGAAAAACAGCUUUCCAAUAUUAAUAUCUCAUGAGUUAUCAGAAAGAUUGAUUAAAAAGUAUGGUAGUGAAGAUAAUUACUUUGAAAUUGUUAGUAGUUUGAAUCCAGAAAAUGAUAUUAUACAUUUCCAGUUAAAUUGUAAAAGUAUUACAGAAAAUUUAAAUGUAGGAGUAAUAUCAGUUUUAGAUUAUCUGGUUAAAAGUUCAGGAAUACCAUUAAUUAGGCAAGAAGUGGAAAUAAGAAAAGUUAAUUCAAAAAAAGAUAUGAAAUUAAAAAUAGUUGAAUUAUCUUUACCAGAAAUACAUAUAUCGCCAAGAGACUUGUGGUAUUAUGAGAAAUCAUUAAUUGAUAAAAUACUUUAUAAUGGUAUUUCACCACAAAUUAGUUUUGAAAUUAACCAAUAUUUACCAAUUAGUAUUACAAGAAUGGGAAAUGAAAAUGAUGACAAUAACAAUAAAAAAACGAUUAUUUCAGGAUUGGUUACAGAUGAUACAAAAUUCAUUAUAAGACCAAGAUCUGUAAGAAUUAUAAUGGUUGUAGUAAUUUCAAAAGAAUUCUUUUGUUUUUCUAGUAAUGGUUUUCCAUGGUGGAGAGGAAUCAUUUCAUUUUUUAAAGAAUAUUUGACAUCAAAUAAACAAUUAAUAGAACAUCAUUAUAUUACAAUACUUUUGACAUGGAAAGCUGUAAAAGAAAAAAAAUCUAUGGAUUAUUACCAAGUUUUUUGGGAAGGGGUUCUUUCUCAAAUUACACUUAGUCAGACAAAUAUAAAUAAGUUGAUUGAGAAAUUAAGAAGAAUAAUUAUUUCAUUCCAAAAGGAUCAAAACUUUAUUAAAACUUUAGUAUCAUAUUAUGAAUCAAAUAUAUUGGAGUCUAUAAAUUUUGCAUUAACACAAUUACAAAAUGAUUUAAUUGAUGGAUCCCUUGUUUGGACAGGGAGAAACAUUAAGGUACUUAGCUCAGGCCCACCAAUAAUAAUUGGUGACUUGCAAAACUAUCAAAGAUUACUCAAUUUAUCAAAAAUUACAGAAGUUAGAUUUUUAAAGACAUCAAUUACUUGUGAUUUUAUAUCUUUUUCUGAACUUAAUUGGUAUCAUUCUUUAAAUAUAUAUAUAGUAAAAAUAAAGAACAACCUCUAUCAAGAAACACUUAAAGUAAUUAAUUUAAGGCUUUCUAUGAACAUUUUAUAUUAUAAAAUUAAAAACAAAUUUUAUAAUGAUUAUAAUGGUAAAUUUAACUUAUCAUCUACUAUAACUUUGUUAGAUGAAUAUAUAAAUGAUCAAAUCAAUUCUAUAGAAGAUAAAAACCAAGAGAAAGAAGAAGAAGAUGAUGACCAAGGUGACAUUGAUCUAAUUAUUAGUGGUAAAGAUAUGGUUGUAAGAAACAUAUCCGGUUUGGUGGAUAAAAGAGAAAGUUUAGAAUGUAAUGUGUAUGAUUCUGAUAAUAUUUCAAGAAAUCUUUCAAUAAAUAAAAAGUCUAAGGAAUUUCAUUAUAUUAAUGAAAACGAGUCAUUUAACUGUUUACUUGGAACUUUUUUAUUACCUUUGACUACAAUUAAUUUAAACAAAAUUGAUAUUAAAAAUAAUAUUUCUAAUUCAAAAGAUUUAACAAUAAAUGAAAUACAAAGAACAUCAAAUUGGACUUUAACUCCUAGAAAAGAGUUAUUUCUGGCAUAUAUUUGGAAGAAUUAUCAAGUAAAUAAUCCAAGAUUAAUUAAACACGAUUUUAAUGAGCUUUCAGUAUAUAUUGAUAAAUCUGAAUAUAAAGACAUCAAUAUUGAGAUAUUGAGAUUAAUAUAUUACGAUUUAAUUGUACACAGAAUGUCAAUGUCUUUUCAAAUUUCAACCCUAAAGUCAAAUAACAUUACAACUCAUUACAAUUCAGAAAACAUACAAAUGUUAAAAUAUUACAAUAGCUCAAGCAAUAAUAUUACUCUCAAUUAUAAUUGUAUUCACCAAUUAAAUUUACUUAAAGAUGAUAAUAACAUCUUGGUUGAAGUUAUUGAUGCAAUUAUACAAGAUAAUAGUAAUACUAACAGUAAUACUACUGGUUUAAAUACAAACACUAGUAGUUGUUUUAGAAACGAUAAUUUGAGUUCAAGUUUUAAUUCAAAUACUAACAAUAAUGAUACAGAAGUUAAAAAUAUAGAUGAAAAUAAAAUUUCUAUUUCCUUGAAUGAAGAAAAUGAUUCCGUCAAUUUUUAUACAUUCUUACCAAAAUCCAUGAAUUCUUCAGAAAUUAUGGAAAUUGAUGCAAACAAAUUAAAAAAUGUAAUUAUCAACUACAAAUAUGAGUAUUUUCUCUAUAGAAGUAAAUAUGAUAAUUGUUGUGAAAUUUCUCCAAAAUCAACAAAAGGUGAAUAUAUUAAAUAUUAUACAAUUUUUAAUAAUUUAUCAAAUGUUAACUUUAGUACUUUGGAUGAAAUAUUGGUUUGGCAAAGAGAAGUUCCUUUUAUUAAUGAACUAAUUAAUGAAUCUUUUAAUGAAUUACUUAACUAUUACUUUGAAAAAAAUAAUUUGGAUUAUUAUUACCUUUUAACAUCAUAUAUAUCUGGUUUAUCAAUCAGUUACAUUCACUUUGCAUUCAUUCCUUAUGUCAAAAUCAGUGAUAGCAGUACAAAUAGUAAUACUAUUUAUACUAAUAAAAUAGAAGAAACUAGAAAUGUAACAGAUGAUUUUUUAAAGUUUGAUGAAAUUGAUAAAUUUGAUUAUUUGGAUUGUUAUUCAAACUAUUAUAAAGAUUGCUGUUUGGAAAGUAUACUUAAUAAUUGGAUUAAAAUUAAUUCAGUAAAUAAUAAUCAAUUAAAAGAAAUGGUUGAUUAUAAUAUUGGAAACAUAAGUGAUGAAUGCUUGAAUAUGAAGAAUUUAAAAAGGAUUUCAGAAAUGAAUAUUAAAAGUCUAAUUAAAUCAUUACAAUCCUUCUUCUUUAAGAAUGCACCUUCAGAGAUUAAUCAUUCAUUUGAUAUUGAAAUUAUGAAUGAUCAUAAUUAUUACAAGAACGAAAGAAAAUCUGUUAAAAUUUUAUAUUCUUGGUGUGAAUCUUUUGAGUUUAUUAAAGAAGAAUAUGAAUCUGAAUUAAAAGAAAAAUACAAAAUUAAUUUUAACAGUAAUUCUUGUAACUUAAAUAAUAACAGUAAUCAUCGUAAUAAUACUAACACAACUAUAAAUACAUAUAAUCAUAUUAAAAAUUCCAAUAAAUUUGAACCAAUCAAUUGGUUUGUAAUAUACUAUGAUUCUAUAUGGUAUCCCCUUUUACCUUUCAAAUUUUCUAUUGGAUGGUUAACUUGUCCUUCAUUGGUAAUUUCAAGAAUUGUAAGAAAACUUAAAUCAAUUUUACUCAAUUAUUAUUUUACAUUAAUUCAAUUAAGAUCAUCUGAUGUUUAUUCAUCAUAUGAAAUUUCUCCAGAUAAUUCAAUUCUAUCGUCAUAUACUCCAUUAAAUCCACCAUAUCUAAUUAAGUUCAAGGCUUCAAUUUCAAAUUCAAUCAUAAAAUUAUUACUUAAACAUUUUAUAUCCUCUCCACUUUCUCUUCAACUUUUAUUUUUUGAUCAAAGUAACUCCAUAUCCAGAUUUUUUCUUGUGGAACCUCAUAGUAUAUACACUCUUGAGUUAAACGAAAAUGCAUUACUUUUAAGAAUCAACUAUUAUCAGUAUUUUUGGAAGAAUCAAUUUCAGUACGACUCAUUUCCCAUAUUUAAAUGUCCUUGCUCAAGUUUAAUGUUUGAUUAUAAAUGGAGAAAUAAUAUCUUUUAUUUUCACAUUAACUAUAUUAAAAAAAUUGUUAAAACCAUGCAAAUUUAA